AAAUAGGGGGAAAUGUAAAAACAAAUGUAAAAACAAAUAGAAAUGGGUGGCUUAUAUUUUGGGUGGAAUUCCUGGGAUUGUGUUUUGUUGUGUGCUGUGGCGGGGUUCCCUUUUUUGGCUGUGUUGCAGGGGCUGAGCGUGGCUUCCAGGUGUUGGAGCUCACGGUGCACUUCCUCACCUGCAUCUCAUCAGUUAUCAACCCUGGCUUAAAGUCUGCUGCUUCACUUGGCCCCGGUGCCAGAUUGUUACCUCCUUACAUGUGAUUAGGCCGCUUCACUUUUUGGAAAUUCGCAUUGCAACUAGUGUCAGUGCUUAGUCUACGAAGACCUUCUUGUUCUUGCUGUUUUUGUGUGUUUUUUCCAUUGCCUUUUCCUGUGAGUUCCAGCUCCUCGCGACCGCCACUCCCGUUCAAAAUCAAGCCAUUCUGCUCAGGUUUUACUGGGUUAAUUUACCCAUGGCUCCAAUAACUACAUACGAUUUUAAGCAAUGGAAAAAAAAGUUUCUAUUGCACGCUUUUCAAAGGGCUCCCCCCUCCCACUGGGUCCCUGGGUCCCACUAUGACACCCCUGAACACAGUUCCUUAAUCUACUAUAGUUUCACCGCCCCCUUCACAUAAGUGAAUCAUGAUGGGGUCUAAUGACCAAAGACUGGUCACAUGUCCCAUGCUUUUGUGCACAUGUAAGUAAAUACAUAUUCAGUCACUCAGAAUAAGUAUCUCCUGAUUUAACAAAGAUUACCUAGAUUGACCUGUUGGCUGAACUAGAACAGUAACCCACAAACACAUUUACUAACCCCCUGCUUUCGUUUUUUCAUUUCAGAGCCAGACUCUGAAACCCUCACUCAGUUUCUAUAAAUGCAAGAAAAAAAAGGUGAUGAGUGAAGGCGGAGGUGAGAUAAGAAAGCCCCUUUUAAAAUAUUUUAUGGAGUAUUAACAUCUGCAUCAUAUCUGAUCCACCACAGUCUGGUGUGUCUCCCCACCCCUGAAGUGCACUUCCUCCGUGCACGUGUGCAAAACCAAACCUCCCUCCUCCUACAUGUGUCUUCCCCUUUUUGCACUUCAUCUCAUCCCUUACCCACUCAUGCUGACAUUUCAACUGUGGCUGUCAACGGCAAGUCAUCUGACAGUAAACAGAGAAGACGAUUAAUCUGUGGUUAUUGUGUCAGCUGAUGAUUAUCGAGUAAUAUUCGAGAGUACCAUGUGGGACUAUAGAAGCUUGCCUGCAUGUCAGCACCUCUGAAGAGUCUCUUCUCUGAAGCUCGUCCUGUGACCCUCCUCGACUGAUCAAACUUGAAGCAGCUCCGGAAUGUGUCUGAAACUUUUCAUCCGCUGGACAGCUUUGCUUAACAAUUAAGACACACCUCUUACCAAAAAACAACAGUUAAAUUUCUGAACAGGAAACAGAAAGAAGCCUUAAAGAAGAAUGAAUGUCACAGUCAAACUACAAACCACAAACCUUACUUCGGUGUGUGUAGAUAUUGGUGACAGUGUAAUCAGUGACUUCCUGAUGUCCGUUUACAUCCUGGCUUUCAUCUUUGGUUUGAUCUUCAACGUGCUCACCCUGUGCCCCAUUUUACAACAAGUGAAGCGCCAAAACGUUCUUGGCAUCUUCUUGCUCAACCUGUCCAUUUCUGAUAUGCUGUUUAUCUUCACUAUGCCCCUUUGGAUCAACUAUUACCGGCAGGACCACCACUGGAAGCUAGGUGUCAUGUCCUGCAAUGUGGCUGGCUUCUUCUACUACUCCAACAUGUACAACAGCAUUUACCUGCUGUGCUGCAUUUCUGUGGACCGCUGCCUAGUGGUCACGUACCCACUCCGCUCCAAGACCCACCGCACAUCACGGUACGCCUGGGCACAGUGCGCCACUGUUUACAUUGUAGUGAUGGCGCUGCACAUCAUGGUGCUGGUCAAUGACAAUCUUACUGACGCCCAUGAUGAGGUUAACAACAAUGACCGUUGUUAUGAGACUUACCCCAUGCCAAAGCCAGUCGCUUUGUUCAACCUGCUCAGAGUGGGUAUCGGCUUCCUGCUGCCCCUGGUGGUGUUGGCAGUGAGCUACUGGAGGGUGCUGGCCACUGUAGGACAGAGCCCCGGCCUGAGUGCUCAGGCUAAGAGGAAGGUCCGCCUGCUGUCUUUUGGGGUGAUUGGCAUCUUCUCAUUUUGCUUUGCUCCAUAUCACAUUCUCCUGCUCAUACGCUCACUGGUCUUCUACAACAGUGAUAACGUGCAUCGUGAGGGAAGUUACUGCCAGUUUGAACAAAAAAUGCACUUUUUAUUCUCAUGUACGCUGGCCCUGUCCAGUCUGAACUGCGUGGUGGACCCUGUGCUGUAUGUGCUGGUCAGUAAUGGAGUCCAGGAGGAGGUCAAGCUGUGCUGGAGGAGGCAUAGAGGGACACAGACGGGGGACUGUGCUCUGACUGCAUACAACAGAGGAAAGGCUAAUAGUAACUUAAUAUAAUAGUGAGCUGAAUGUGGGUGGAUAAAUGCGCUUGUGCCUAUAUGUGUGUGCAUGUGCAUACAUGAUUAUGCAUAAUACUGUAGCUGUUUAAACUUAGGUUUUCAGAGUGAGUGAAUAUUUAUAUAUUCCAUAAUCAACCCUUCAUGUACAGACAAUCAGAUGAACUUUGAGAAAACCACAUUGCUGCCUUGUUUUUUUUCUUUCCUCAUUUCCAGUAAGGCAAAGAGAAGGGGUUGAGUAACAUGCAUCUCAGCGAAUUGUAAUUGGAUUGUAUUCCCAGGUUCUGCUUUCCUAAGAGAUCUUCAGUGGCAGCCCCCUGUGAUGUGAGGUUGGACACUGCUGUAGUUGAAGAGCACUUAUGUUUUCCUUCCAAUCUAAACGAGGAUGUUGUGAUUGUAAUUGUGUGGCCCUGGUAUAGCUUAAAGGGGAAUUGAUUCCACAGCAUGCCACCCCCCCCCCCCCCUUUAUCAGCAUGAACAUGUGCCUUUAUUGUCUAACCAUCAGUAAAAGAUGUUAAAUGUAAAUCCAAAUAAAGCGGUGGUUUGACUAGA